UACAACCACACACACACAUACACACACACAGCAACUCUCCACAGGAAAAGCUGGAGACAGAAUGCGCAGCCCCUUCACAGCAACUUUAGUGCGUCGUGGCGUCCAAAUGGGAUCUUGCUACACUUUGAUAGUUGGUUAAUUACUCAUAUGAUACCACACAGAUGUCUGGGGGGCUCUAGCCGAAUAUUCGUCUAACUAACUCACUGACUGAUUGACUGACGGGAUCCUGGGGAAGGCAGACAUUUAAGGAGCGCUGCACUAAUCAGGAUCGCAUCACCUGAAAAUCAAAGAGCGAACUGCGUUCUACAAUGGGCAUUACGCCACUACAGUUGUUUUUGCUAAUGGCCGUCCUGGCUAUUGGCGGAAUAUGUCAGAUAAAUAGAACAGAUGAAGUCCAGGAGAGUAUUAUUCAAAACUCUACUACCUCCCAAACCAAUGUGCAUAAGGGUCUCCAGCCCAACACCAAAAAUGCCCUGCUGGAUAACAAUACCAGACUUCCACCCUGCAAAGAUCCCACUUCCAUCAAGCUCUAUUUUAAGUACAUUAACACAAUUAUUUCCUGUGUCGUGUUUGUGGUGGGAAUAGUGGGAAACGCCACCUUGCUGAGGAUUAUUUACCAAAACAAGUGCAUGAGAAAUGGACCCAAUGCUCUCAUCGCCAGCCUGGCUCUUGGAGACCUCAUCUAUAUCACCAUAGACAUCCCAAUCAAUGUCUACAAGCUGCUUGUCACAAAAUGGCCAUUUGAUGACAGCUCAUUUGGUCUCUUUCUGUGCAAACUGGUUCCAUUCCUCCAGAAAGCAUCGGUUGGGAUUACAGUACUCAAUCUGUGUGCUUUGAGUGUGGACAGGUACAGGGCUGUAGCCUCCUGGAGCAGAGUGCAGGGGGUCGGCAUUCCCCUCUUUACUGCCAUUGAGAUCUUCUCUAUUUGGGUCCUGUCCAUUAUCUUGGCAGUACCAGAGGCAAUAGUCUUCAACAUGAUCACCUUCACCUACAAAAACCAAACCAUCCACACUUGUAUGCUCAAGCCUGAAAGUAACUUCACAAAGUUAUAUGUAGAUUUGAAAGACUGGUGGUUAUUUGGCUUUUACUUCUGCGUGCCACUGGCCUGCACAGCUAUUUUCUACACCCUCAUGACAUGUGAAAUGCUCCACCGUAGAAACGGAAGCCUUCGGAUAGUCCUCAGUGAACACCUUAAACAGCGUCGUGAAGUGGCUAAAGCAGUCUUCUGUUUAGUGCUGAUCUUUGCUCUUUGCUGGUUCCCCCUUCAUCUCAGUAGACUGUUGAAGAAAAUGGUUUAUGUUCCAACUGAUGAAAGACGCUGUGACCUACUCAACUUCCUGUUGAUCAUGGAUUAUUUUAGCAUCAACUUGGCCACUGUGAACUCCUGCAUCAACCCCAUCAUCCUCUACUUUGUCAGCAAAAAGUUCAAUAAUUGUUUUAAGUCCUGCUUGUGCUGUUGGUGUCAUACCAAGAACCAGGUGUCCAGCUCAGGCCCCAUGAACGGCACUAGCAUUCAGUGCAAAAACCAUGAGCCCGGCAACCUAAAUACCGACAGAAGCCUUCGCAAAUACAGCGACUGAGAGGUGGAGGACAAUCUACAUACUUAAAACGCAUUCAAAAAGCGGACAUCAACAUCGUCAUUGUCAAACUUUGAGGUGGAAAGCAUAUAACCAUUCAUAUGAAACUAAAGGCCUAGUACUCAGCGCAGUAUCAGGCUGUUUUUAUAUAUAUCUUCAGAUCAGACAAUGGACCUGAUAUAUUUAAAGUCUCCCGUAGACACAGAGCAGCUGUUCCCAGACAUUCAGAGUGUUGUUUUUCUGUGUGCGAGAAGUGGUGGGAGUGAAGACCAACAGAAACAGGAUGCAGCUGAACCUAACAGCUACAAAUUAA